UAGUCCUUGAAUGUAGCACAGUACAUGCCUUUACGCCCACUAACAACAUUCUCUCACGGAGUGAUUCAUGUUGCUCUAGGUGGAGUUUCACACUCCCUAUGCACAAAAACAGAAAACAGCUUUUCUCAGUCUGAAGGAGAGAUCUCUGCUCUUUGGGGAAAUCCCAAGACAUGUCCAGCUCCUCAUCCAGUGAACCCGGUUCGAAGGUUUCAGACCCACAACACUCCCAAAAACUCCUCAGAGUCCUUCGGACAUUCUGGCAUGAACAGAGUUUCCACGAUGCCCUGCUGGUGGUUGAUGGAGAGCAGCUUCCAGUCCAGAAGAACAUCCUAGCUGCUGCUAGCCCUUACAUCAGGACCAAGCUGAACUAUAAUUCUCCCAAAGAAGAUGGAUCCACGUACAGAAUUGAGCUGCAGGGGGUCUCUAUGUCCAUCAUGAAACAGAUCCUGGACUACAUCUUCAGCGGUGAAAUUGUUCUGAGUGAAGAGACCAUCCAGGACAUGGUGCAGGCGUCGGAUCUGCUCCUGAUGACCGACCUGAAGAACCUGUGCUGCCAGUUCUUGGAGAGUUGCAUCACAGCAGAGAACUGCAUCGGCAUCCGGCUUUUCUCUCUGCACUACUGCCUCCACCAUGUCCACUACGUUGCCACUGAGUUCCUGCAGACGCACUUUCGGGAUGUGGUGCUCACCGAGGAGUUCAGGGAACUGGUCCCGGACCGGCUCUGUGAGCUGCUGGCCAUGGAGAAACUCAACGUGGGCAAUGAGAAGCAUGUCCUGGAGGCUGUGGUGCGAUGGUUUGCCCACGACCCCGAUGACCGCAGGGUGCACAUGAAGGAGGUGAUGUCCGCUGUGUGGCUGCAGGGACUGGAGGUCAGCUACCUGAGAGAGCAGGCCGUCGGGGAGCCGCUGAUGAGGGAGGUGAUCAGAGAGCACUGUCAGAAGGUUCUGACGGACGGGUCGCUGCAAGGCGAGGCGCUGCUCGCCGCCUUCAAGCCCAGAGGUUACUCUGAAUGCAUCGUCAUCGCAGGAGGAGAAGAUCGCAAGACCAAGAAGCCCACCGCUGUGACGCGCUGCAUGUGCCCGCUCUACGACACCAACAGGCAGGCCUGGAUCGAGCUGCAGCCCAUGAGCGUCGCCCGUCUGAGUCACGGAGUGGUCGCUGCCGAGGGGUUUCUGUUCAUCAUGGGUGGAGCAGACGAUAACAAAGCAGUCCUGGGCACCGGAGAGAAGUAUGACCCUGAAUCCAACGCCUGGAGUCCCAUACCCCCCAUGCUGCAGGCUCGACAGAACUUCGGCGUGGUUGAGCUGGACGGUCUGAUCUACGUUCUGGGAGGAGAGAAUGAAGAGACGGAGCUGGUCACUGUGGAAGUGUUUGACCCACACUUCAAUACCUGGAAGAUGCAGAGCAGCAUGACCAUGGUCCGCAAGGUCGGCUGCUACGCCUCCAUGAAUAAGAAGAUCUACGCCAUGGGUGGCGGCUGCUACGGGAAGCUGUUUGACUCCGUUGAAAGCUUUGACCCUAAAACCCAGCAGUGGACAGGCCUCUGUCCUCUGAAAGAAAGAAGGUUUGGUUCGGUGGCAUGCGGCGUCGGUCAGGAGCUCUACGUGUUCGGAGGAGUCCGAAGCCAAGAGAACGAAAACCCCGAACAAAGACAGAUGAUGACCUGCAAGUCUGAGUUCUACCACGAUGAGAUGAGGAGGUGGAUGUUCCUGGAUGACCAGAACCUGUGCAUCCCGGCCAGCUCCUCCUUCGUUUAUGGCGCCGUGCCCAUCGGAGCCAGCAUCUACGUGGUGGGAGACCUGGACACUGGUACCAGUUUUGACUACAUCCGGGAGUUUCGGCGCAGCACCGGGACGUGGCACCGGACCAAGCCCAUGCUGACCAGCGACCUCUCCAAGUCUGCCUGCGCCGCACUGCGCAUCGCCAACUGCCGACUGUUCCGCCUGCAGCUGAGCCAGGGAAUGUUCCGGAUCCGGGUGUGAUGGCGGCCAUGACGGCGGCCAUCAUGGCUGAGGUGUAACUGUCUCUAGACUCUGUCCACAUUGUCCUCAUGUCCAACUUCUGUCUCUUUACAGAAUAGCUUUCUAAAAUCGGGACUUCUUCUUUUUCUUCUGGAAAGAUUGAACGCUAAAGCUUUAUUUCAAAACCUUUGUUGGACACUUGGAGACACUGAAAGAGAUUUGGUGAUUUUCCAGGUCCAGUUUACCUUUUAGGAUCAGUUAGCUGGUAUUUCUGGGUUAUUUUAUUUAUCCUGGUGGGUUCUCUGUUAAGGUUGAGUUACUGCGUCAGAUUUUAUUAAAACUCACACCUCACGCUGCUUUUAAACCAGAAACGACAUUUCAGCAUUUCAGUCUGGGAAAACUGAGCUGGAAAGUCGGGAUGAGCUCCAGCAGGGACCAGAAUCUGGGAAUAUUUUCAUUCACACCCCUGACUGAAGCGGAUCUUCCCGACAAGCCUGGAAAUUAUCCAGUAUCUGAUCAUGUAACAAGUCAGAAAUUCUUUUAAUCAGACGUGUUGAAGCAGGGCAACAUGGUGGCCUUCCAGGACCAGAACCAGACCGCUUAGCUCAUAAAAUGAUCAGAUGUGACGCUGGACCCGACUCCUCUUUGUCUUCUUUCAGUCUGAGGAGAUAAAACCUCCACAAGACAGAGAUGUUUGUCCAAGUUUCAGGACUCCUUACAAGUUUCAUCUGAAACUCGGUUAUUUCCUGGAGGUUUUCUAAGUUUUCCGAACCAACUUCUGUCAACAGGGAAGAGAAGUCCAGGGGCCUCAUUUCUAAAGCUACCGUAGGUACAGAAACUGGUGUACGCCAGUUCUACUCAACUUCUGGGUUUUAAAACCAAACAUGGCGGGAGAAUGUUCCUACCGCCACGGCUACCCUGACCCUGCCGUACGCACAAAAUCUGGAGAAACAGGAAACUGCAACACAAAACCAGAGUUGAUGUGAGACUUUUGUCCAGAUAUUACCUUUCACACCACGUUAGACAUUGAAGCUGUUUGCAAACAUGAAUAAAGAGGCACAUUCCAUAUUAAUUCUCCUGGGAGAGCACGCUCACAAUCAAUCAUUAAAUAAAUCAGGAUGACCAGAGAAGCAGAUGUUUGUUAUUAACCAGAAGCUCAACCAGUAAAACAUGUUCUUUCUGUCUUUGUGGAACAAAACUUCCAUUCAGACUGUCGCCUGACAGUCUGCUGCCUGCAUGUUCCAGACACAUUAAUAAUCAUUACUAUUACAAUAAAAUGGUCGCCAUGGAAACAUGCUCCUCAGUCAAACUACAAUCAGGGUGUUUCCACCUGUAGCUGUUUCAGAGACCAGCAAGACUUACUGCAUGGCUCAGGAACCGGUUCAGACUGCCAUGUGAUGUGAUGUUGGACCUCUGUGGUGGUCUCAGACCUCUAUGAUUAUUUAGGCCCAGGAAUUUUAGGACCAUCCUAGUCCCUCUGCAGGUGCUAACUGGGUUUUCUGGCCACUGGCACCUUCCAGAGGAACUGGCUGCCAGGUCGGGAUAUCACAGCCAACCUUCAGCCGUGUUAGAAUGCAUGAACGUUGGGUUCAUCCCAGCGUUACAUGAACUUUCCUACACUGGGGGAGAACAGGAAACACAACAAUGCAGUUUGCAGCAAUGUCCGGUUUCCCCGAUGGAAUCGCUGCUGGUGAUGCACUAAAGGUGCAGCAAGAACCAGGAGAAGUUAAAUAUUAUUCCCAGAGGAUGGAAUAGUUGGACAUUAAACCUGCUGUCAUUAACCAAAGCAUUUUCAUUCUAUAAACGUCAACAUCAUGUGUGGUUCAACAUGUGGCUCAUCAGCCUGGGUCCACUGUAACUGAGGCGACUGCUUCAUCUGCAAGAACCAUGCCGGGAACCAUGCAGGAUAUCCUCCAGAGCAUGUGAAACGAAUGGAGAAGCUUUGCAGGAAAACUAAGCGUAGUAGUUCUGUAACUGAGUAAUAAUUGUUGAAUGGUCUUUUUAAGCUGGAUAACGGUAUGCCAUCCGGAGGUGGAAGUUCUGCUGGGAUUUCUCCUCAAUCCAAAUCAGUUUCUGGCCUCUUUCCUCUGUUUUAUCUCAUUGUUCUGAAAUGUUUAUAAGUGAACUUCAGAUCUUUUUUUAAAAUGAAUAUUAACUGAAUCUAAAUGAGUGGAUUAAGCGGACAUUUUGGCUUCAAACUCAGCAGAAAUUCCUUCUUCCUUCCUCUCCAGCGAAGAUAACCAUGGAAUCCAGCUGACAUCUAAAGGGACGUGUUGUCUCCAUAUCUGGUUGAUGAGGACAUUUCUGAGUAAAUGACCAUGACCCAGCAGUUGAUGUAGAACAUUAACUGAUGCCCUGGACUCCACGAGGUGGAUAAAUCCAGGUUUAUUCUGGAACUCCGCCUGGACCAGGUCCACAUGCGGCUUCUUUUGGGAUGUUUGUGGUGUUUUUAGAGCAAGUUGCAGAAAGCUGACUGAGUGUCUGAAGGUGUGAGAAGGUUCAGAGACGAGGCAAUAUCACACGAGUUAAACGGUUCUGACCCUGCAGGAACUAAAAAUAAAAACUGACUCCAUGCUGGUCUAAUCUGGAAAACAGCAGGCUGAAAUGUUCUGAAAUGAUCCAAAGCUGCUUUUAGUCUUUCUAACUAGUUUUUUUCACAUUAGUAUAAUGAAUCAUGUUAAACGUGAUCAGACCUGGCGCCCAGCACAUGCACACCACCUCCAUGACUCAUGACUGGCAUGAAGCUGAAAUAAGCCCAACAUGUCUCACAGACUCUGAUCCAGUUUCACUUUGUGCUUUUCAGGAAGUUUUGUAAGAAGUUUGUUUCAUUGACGUCAAAAAAGGAUUAAAUCAGCAAAGUGGUGAAAAAGACGUCUGGCUUGUUUCUUCUGCAGAGAGAUUGCAGAUCUUACCAAGAAACAAAACAGAAUAAUCUCGCUUUCUUUUCUCUGGACAAUAAUGAUACUAAUCUGUUUUUAACAAAUGGUUGAGAGAACAGAUAAUAUCAGUGUUAGAUGGCGAAGACCUGAAACAGAGAUGAAUCAGAAUGGGUCAUUUCCACACAUUUUUAACAAAACUCAUUAAAAUCACAGAGACAUCUUCUCUGCUAAACGGAGGAUCGGUUAAAGGCUUCGUUUUUUACGUUAAGAUUUGUCCUCUGAUUUGGAUGGGGUGUACCAGAGUGAAGUCGGAAAUUCAUCAGCAGGAAUAUCCAAAAAACAUCUGGAAACCAGAACUAGAGUUUAGUUAAACGAGAGGAAAAGGUCAGAAUCAGACUCAAAUUUUAUUGAUCCAGCCUGGGAACUUUCAGGAAAAAAAAAAAAAAGGUGUGACUGUUCCGCCAUUUAACUGGGAAAAAUUUAAGAUGUGAAUAAUUUCUUUACAGUACUUUAAC